AUGCUCUUGUGUCAGGACAUUGUGCUCGAGGAGGCCACCAUAGAUCAGCUGCAAGACUACAUGACAAAAGGAUUCCUCACCUCCCUUGAGCUUUUGCGGUGUUAUUUGAAAAGAGUUGCUCAAGUCGAUGGCUACACCAACUCCAUAAUUGAGCUCAACCCAGAUGCCGAGGCUAUUGCUACCGCUUUGGAUGCUGAGCGUGCAGCGGGGCGAGUUUGCGGCCCUUUGCAUGGCAUACCAUUCAUUGUGAAAGACAACAUUGCGACAAAGGAUCAAAUGGAGACGACGGCAGGUAGCUGGGCGCUAUUAGGAAGCGUGGUGCCUCGAGACGCCUUUGUAAUUGCAAAACUACGAGAAGCUGGAGCACUCCUAAUGGGCAAGGCCACGCUAUCCGAAUGGGCGGACAUGCGUUCAAACAACUACAGCGAGGGCUAUUCGGCGAGAGGAGGGCAAGCCAGGAACCCUUACAACUUGACUGUCAAUCCCGGAGGCAGUAGCUCGGGAAGUGCCGCCGCCGUCGCAGCCAAUGUCAUCUCUUUCUCAUUAGGUACUGAGACAGACGGUAGCGUCAUUAAUCCGGCGGAGCGCAACGCAAUAGUUGGUCUCAAGCCCACGGUGGGACUCACAUCUAGGGCUGGGGUAGUCCCGGAGAGCGCGCAUCAGGACACUGUCGGAACAUUUGGGCGGACUUUUUUGACUGAUCGAUAUGCGCUCAAGAAUGCUACCUUGGGUCUGCCUUGGGACAGUUUCUGGGUACAUGCCGAUGACGAACAGCAAUCCCAACUGAUGUCUGUUAUCGAUUUGAUCGAAAGUGCCGGCGGUACCGUGAUCAACAACACCGAGCUGCCGAACUAUAGGACCGUUGUCUCGCCAGACGGCUGGAAUUGGGACUAUGGCACCACUCGAGGCUAUCCAAAUGAGUCUGAAUACACGGUCGUAAAGGUGGAUUUCUACAACAACAUCAAGACAUAUCUCUCCGAGCUUCAGAACACACAAAUACGCAGUCUUGAGGACAUUGUGGCAUACAAUCUCGCAAAUGAUGGUACCGAAGGUGGAAAUCCUUGGCCGUUGGGUAUUCCAGCAUUCUAUUCUGGUCAAGACGGCUUCCUGGCUUCACUGGAAACAAAAGCACGCGGGAAGACGGCAUAG